UCCUUGAAAACAAAAUUAUGUCGUCCAGAUUUUGUAUUUUGGUAUACUUGUCAUUGCUAUAUUUGUUAUCCAAUAAGCAAGGGUUUCUUGUUAGAAGCCUGGGUGUGAACUGGGGUACGAUGGCAAGCCACAAGCUGCCGCCGAAAGUGGUGGUGCAGAUGCUAAUAGACAACGGGAUAAAGAAAGUAAAGCUAUUCGAUGCAGAUCAGUCCACCAUGACCGCUUUGGCUGGCACCGGCAUUGAAGUCAUGGUUGCUAUCCCUAAUGACCAGCUUUCUGUUAUGGCCAGUUUUGACCGAGCUAAGCAGUGGGUCAGGCGCAAUGUCACCCGUUACAACUUCAAUGGCGGUGUUAAUAUCAAAUAUGUGGCAGUAGGCAACGAGCCGUUCCUUACGGCGUAUAACAAUUCAUUUCUGAACACAACAUUCCCAGCUCUUGAGAACAUUCAGAAUGCCUUGAAUGAAGCUGGGGUUGGGGACUCCAUCAAAGCAACUGUGCCUUUGAAUGCUGAUGUUUACGGUUCCCCUGAAGACAACCCUGUCCCUUCAGCUGGAAGAUUCCGCACAGAUAUCAUCUACCAAAUGACCCAAAUAGUUCAGUUCUUGGACAAGAACAAGGCCCCCUUCACCAUAAACAUCUAUCCUUUCUUGAGUCUUUAUGCUAACGAACAUUUCCCCUUUGAUUACGCCUUCUUUGAUGGGGUUAGCAAUCCCAUUAUGGAUAACGGGAUUCAGUACACCAAUGUGUUUGAUGCCAAUUUCGACACAUUGGUUUCAUCUCUAAAAGCAGUGCAGUUGGGUGAUAUGCCGAUUAUUGUUGGGGAGGUGGGAUGGCCGACAGAUGGAGACAAGAAUGCAAACAUAAAUUACGCAUUGAGGUUCUACAAAGCUCUUCUACAAAGACUUGCAGGAAAUAAAGGAACACCUCUACGACCAGGUUAUAUAGAAGUAUACCUUUUUGGUUUGAUUGAUGAGGAUUUCAAGAGCAUAGCUCCAGGUAAAUUCGAGAGGCACUGGGUAUUCAGAUACGACGGACAACCAAAAUUCCCAAUGGACUUGUCUGGGCAACAAGAGGAAGACAAGUAUCUUGUUGGUGCACAAAAUGUAAACAGGCUCGCAAAAUGGUGUAUGCUUAGGCCAGAUGCAAAAGACUUAAGCAAGCUGGCAAAGAACAUAGAUUAUGCAUGUACAUUUGGAGACUGCACAGCCCUUGGAUAUGGUUCUUCAUGCAAUUCAUUAGAUGCCAAUGGAAAUGCUUCUUUUGCGUUUAAUAUGUACUUCCAGAUUCAGAAUCAAGGUCGAUUGUCCUGCAACUUUGAGGGUCUUGCCGUGCUCACCGACCAAAAUAUAUCUCAGUCCAAUUGCAACUUCACCAUUCAGAUAGCUCCCACCUCCUCCUCCUCCUCGUCAUCUCCUUCUUCAUCUAUUUUUUUAGCUGCUUUAACCUUACUAUUAUUAUUAUUGUUGCUAUAGAAGAUGAUAACACUAACAUCUCUUUUUUUCUUUUUUCUUUUUUCUUUUUUCUUUUUUCUUUUUUUUGGAAACCAUACCUAGUAGGCUAGUACUUUUUUCUUUUUUUUCAUUUCAGUUUUGUUAUUUGUGAUGAAACUCUACUAUUGGGCAAUUUCUCCUAUUGAAAAUUGUGAUUGUUUCUACGAGCAUUAGAAAUUUAUGAUAUUUAGUUGGUGUUUCCAU